UAGGCGCCUGCAGUCAUGAGGUUCCUUCAUAUUGUCAUACUGGCCUUCAUCAUAGCAUAUCCCGAUGAGGUAUUUCUGGAGCGCAAUGUUAAGCGCGGAAGCAAAAAAGAGAAGAAAGAAAAUCUUAAUGGUCCCUGUGGCAAACGGUACCUGCGCCAAAUCAAUGGUAAAUGUUACUACUUUGCCAUGAAAAAGAUGAACUGGUUUGGAGCGCAGAACAAUUGCUUGCGCAAGGGUCUCAAUCUUGCCGACUUGUCUACGUCAGAAGAAUUUAAGGCGAUUACAAAUUUCCUUCGCACUCGUGGCAACAUGGAGGACUAUUGGUUUGGUGGUAAUGACCUGCAGUCCGAGGGUCGAUUUACCUAUAUCAGCAAUGGGCGCGUUGUCCGAUAUUUGGGCGAUAGUUCUGUGGUAGAGCCCACCCAUCGCUCCAAUCUUGACGAUUGCUUAGAAGUUCGUUUGAGGGAAAACAACACCCUGGUCACCGACGAUAAUUGCCAAGAAAAGCAGUUCUUUGUGUGCGAAAAAUCCGAUCUGAAGUGUGCACAGCCCACAAAUGACAGGGAAGGCGAGAAACAUCACAGCCACGAACAUUUGCAUCACUUCCAUCACGAUGCGGCAAAAGGUGGGAGCAAUCAGGCGGGUGUGGAAAGCGAUUCGAGGCCGGUUGAUAAUCCGCAUACAGCGGAAGUUGGGGAAUCGCCGGAAAAAGAUCAAGAAGAGACACAAACAGAAAGUCCAGAUACUGGAGAAAAUACGGAACCGACGUCAGAGACUGAAGAAACCACUGAAGCUAACCUUGCAACAGAAGAACCUCCACCUAUUACUGAGCAACCUUCAGGAGCAGCGCCAGGCUCUGUUGAACCAGGAGCAGAAACGGCACCACCAGAAUCGACAGCCGCAGAAGCGACAACAGCAGAAUCGGCGACAUCAGAAUCGGCAGCAGCAGAUGCGACAGCAACAGCAACGGAGACUGAGACACAAAUAUCGGAUCAACCAACGACAUUGGAGGGGGACGUAACGAAAGUCAAUGAUGAGAUACCGACUGGAGAACCCAAGGAAACAGCUCAGCCAGACCAACCAGCGGUCAGGGCUAUACCAGAAGCUUCCUCGCCCAAAGCUCUAAUAUCCGAUAAAAACAAAGUAUUAGAAUCCCUGAAAGCAGCGGAAAACCCAGUCGAUUCCAUAACUCCAGAUAUGCCAGUGUCGGCGGAACGAAGAACCUUGCCCUAUGAAGAGUAAGAAAUUGUAUAAACACCCUGAAUCAACAAUGUAUGUUUCUUUGUAAGGAAGCUCUGUGGGCCCAAAAUAAAUUAAAAUGUGUAUCCAAGCGCACUAUUUAAACAAUCUA